AUGGCCGACAACAGCGGAGGCAACCCGUUCCUUGUCUCGCCGUCGACGGGCCACCGCGCCUCCUUCUCCCUUUCGUCCAUGGCCUCCGGCGCCGUCGCCGAUGAAGCCGCGACACGCCGCCGCGCGCCCGGCGCCGUCGACGGCAAGCCGGAGGCGGACGCAGGGUCAGCGUUCGUGCUGGAGUCGAAGGGGACGUGGUGGCACGCGGGCUUCCACCUCACGACGGCCAUGGUGGGGCCGGCGGUGCUGUCGCUGCCGUACGCGUUCCGGGGCAUCGGCUGGGGGCUGGGGCUCGGGGUGCUCACCGCCCUUGGAGCCAUCUCCUUCUAUACCUACUACAUCAUGUCCAGGGUGCUAGACCACUGCGAGGCCGCCGGCCGUCGCCACAUCCGAUUCCGAGACCUCGCCGCCGACAUCUUUGGAUCUGGAUGGGCGUUCUACCUGGUGGUGGCCGUGCAGACUGCAAUCAACACCGGAACAACCAUUGGCAGCAUCUUGCUCGCCGCCAACUGUGUCGAGAUUCUGUAUUCGAGCUUGAGAACUGAUGGCCCUUUGAAACUGUACCAUUUCAUCCUUCUUAUCGCCGUCGUGUUGGCUUUACUAUCCCAAAUGCCGUCAUUUCACUCUCUCCGCUACAUCAACCUCGGCUCGCUGCUCCUUAGCUUGGGCUACACCAUCCUCCUUUCCGCCGCCUGCAUUCGGGCAGGUCUCUCGAGCAAUGCUCCGACGAAGGAUUACUCGCUGAGCACUUCCAAGUCGGAGAAAACAUUUGACGCCUUCCUCUCCGUCGCCAUCCUAGCUGCCGCGUAUGGCAACGGCAUCCUGCCGGAGAUCCAAGCCACGCUAGCGCCACCGGCCGCCGGGAAGAUGGCGAAGGCGCUUGUGAUCUGCUACUCGGUAGCGUCCUUCACCUUCUACCUACCGGCCAUCACCGGCUACUGGGCCUUUGGCAAGACGGUGCGGUCCAACGCCAUGCAGAGCUUGAUGCUCGAGACGGGGCCCUCGCUAGCACCGACAUGGCUUCUCGGCCUUGCCGUUGUGCUCGUCCUCCUCCAGCUCCUCGCCAUCGCGUUGUUGUACGCGCAAGUGGCGUAUGAGGUGAUGGAGAAGAUGCUGGCAGACCCGACGCAAGGGAGGUUCUCACAGCGGAACCUCAUGCCAAGGUUGGCACUGAGGACCAUCUAUGUGGCGUUCUGCGCGUUUGUGGCGGCGGCGCUGCCGUUCUUCGGUGCCAUUGUGGGCGUGAUUGGGUCUGUGGGGUUCAUCCCGCUCGACUUCGUGAUUCCCGUCGUCAUGUACAACAUGGCCGUGUCUCCACCUAGGAGGUCGCUGGUGUACAUAACCAAUUUUGUGAUCAUGGUUGUGUUCACCGGCGUCGGGGUCAUUGGCGCCAUCGCCUCCGUUCGGAAACUUGUGCUCAACGCCGGGCGGUUCAAGCUCUUCAGCGACCAUGCCUUCAACUGAAUCCAUUUCUUGCUUCUACCACACCGGCCCAUAUAUUACAUUUUUUUUUGUUAGAAAUAUUCAUCCAAUAUUUCUUCUAGUAGUCAGCUCCAAGUUAUGCAA